AUGAAGAUGAGAGUUGAUUUUCUCAAAUUAACUAAUUGUUUGAUUCAAAUAUUGUUUCCCUAAUAAUUUAUUUUAAAAAAUUAAUUAAUAGAAAAUUAUUAAUNUUAAACUAAGGCUUAAAAAACUCAGAAACUAAUGGCAUUAAACUAAAGAUAUCUCAUUAAAAGAGAAAAGCUUUCUUAAUGGAGAUUAAGAUAGAAGCAGUAGUCUUUACAGAUACAUAAAAGUGAAGUAACAAAUCUAUUUAGGCUAAAAUAAAAAAGGAUCAAAAUCUUAGAGGAAGAUCGAAUACUGUUACUUCUUGUAUAAAUUUUAAAAAAUUAUAAGGUAUUGAUUGUUAAAACAUUUCUUUUUUCUAUAUUUCCCAUGAAAAACAUUUAAUAUGUUAAAGAAUCGUUACUAUAACAAUCUUAAAGAUUAAGAAACUUUGAUAAUCCAAAAAGAGAUUGAGUAAGAACUUUUAGAAAGAAAAUAAUAAAAUAUAGUUAAGGGGAAAAAAUCAUAAAAAAUUGGCUUGAAGAAUAAAAAAUUUCAGCUUUAAGCUUAAAUAGACAAUGGUUGGCUUUUUCCAGAAGUCAAAAGAAAAAAUACUAUAUUUUUUACAAAGUUUUACUCAAGUAAUUUAAAAUGUAUGAAAUAUUUAUGA